UCGAUUAUCGAAAUUAUCGAUAAACAUUUGUCCUGUCCAAUGUUAGGCAAGAACUCUAUUACAGAAGAUUAAUGUUUGGGCUCGCGUUAUGGUCGAAGAGGAGAAGUGAAAACCCAGAUCCAACCCACCCGACCGCAUGUCGGUCAUUCGUCAAUCGUGUGGCCAACUGGUCCCUUCAAAAUUCAAAUUCAAAUUCUAAGUCGAGACAUAAACAUGAAAACUAACGGCAGCAUCUCAAACCUCGAAACCAAACUCCCCACAACGAAUAAAUUCUCGAAAAUUCCUUCACGAUUUUGACCCCUCCCCCGAUGUUAGCUUUUAUUAAUCUGAUCCAAACACACAGAAAUCAUGAGCCAGCGCCGGACCGAUCAUAACAAAAUCCACGAAACCAAACAGUCGACGACAUCCUCGGAGUCAAACCAGCCGGCAACUAUCUCUUCUGAUUACGCUCCGUUCCCCAAAUUAGACCCGAAGGACGUCACUUCUCCACAGGAGAAUUGGACCAACGUUUCCAUGGGUUACCAAUCGCAGCCCAAUCCAGGUGCAGCACCGAUCUCUAGCAGCGCUGCUACCACCAUGCCAGCUGUGUCGAAUCCUUUCGUUUCCCCGGCUCCAGUUCAAUCAUCUUCCGUCAAGAAUAAGAUGGAAUCAGUGAAAGAUGUGUUAGGGAAAUGGGGAAAGAAAGCGGCGGAGGAUACUAAGAAGGCGAAAGUGAUAGCUGGGAACAUGUGGCAACACUUGAAAACUGGGCCGAGUUUUGCUGAUGCUACUGUAGGAAGAAUUGCCCAGGGUACGAAAGUUCUUGCAGAAGGUGGAUAUGAGAAGAUCUUUCGGACAACAUUUGAGAAUGCUCCUGAGGAACGGCUUCUGAAGACAUAUGCCUGCUAUCUGUCCACCUCGGCUGGUCCUAUUAUGGGAGUUUUAUAUCUGUCAACUGAAAAGGUUGCUUUUUGUAGCGACAAUCCUCUGUCUUACCAAGUUCGUGGUCAGACUCAAUGGAUCUUUUAUAAGGUAGUCAUUCCAUUAGAUCAGCUCAGGGCGGCGAAUCCAUCUGCUAGCAAAGCCAACCCAGCUGAGAAAUACAUCCAGAUUAUAUCAGUUGACAACCAUGAAUUUUGGUUCAUGGGCUUUGUACACUAUGACAGUGCUGUUAAAAAUCUCCAAGGAGCAUUUCAGUUCCCUAGCUCAUGAUGUGAUGUUAUUAAACUCUACACCAUGUGCCAAAAGGUGCUUUGAAUUACUAGAAUGAUGUAGAUAAAAUAUGUUGAACCAGAUUUGUAAUAGUUGAGAUAGCAAAGGUAUGUUUUAUUUUGCUUUUGUAUGGAUUGUCACUGUGAUAUUCAUUUGGUUCUUAAACUCAUCAAUUGUUUAAUUGAAAAGGGUAUAUUUUGGGAUUUAUUCUGAGAUAAUGGAACUAUUUAUUCUUCUUUUCUCAAGUAUAUUUUGUGAGUCACUAUGCUGUGUGCUUCUAUACACCCUUGUAAUCCGAAGAUGCCUAAUCCAAUAUGAAUUUGGGAUUCCUCUAAAACUUGUACCUGAAAAUGAUACCUCCAGCCUCUUUGAUCAUUUGGUUUGGUCCGACUUCCCUGUUUUGGGUUCGCUUCUAUUAGUAGAUUGGGUUUGUAUAUUCUCUCUCUUGUUUGUGGGUUUCGAUUUUCUCUCCUCCACUCAAAUCUUUUUGUUCUUUUCCCUCGUUUCAACAACUUGUACCUGUUACUGUUGGAAAGCAACGAACAAUGAACAUUGGGUAUCUAAAAAGCAUGCAAGACAAAUAAACAAAUACAAAAGCCAUCAUAUUUGAAGCUUAGUGGCAACUUGCAAGGAUCUCCCACUCAAAAAGUGUAAUGCAACCUGCUGGGAUGGCAACGCAACGGUAAGGAAAGAAUCUUUAUAAUCAUACGCUCAGAUUAUUAUGAUCAUUAUGGAUUCCCAUUUUAGCAACAGUGCAUCAUGA